AUGAAGGAAAACGGCUUUCUCCAGAGAAUUGGAAUACAGUACCAUUGGAAGAAUCGUAACUACAAAAAUUUUGAUGAGUUUUUGAUGGACAUGAAGCAAAGUAAAAGGAAAAAUAUUCGUCAAGAACGCAAGAAGGAAUUACCAGCAGUGGAAACUUAUCAUCUACUUUUAGAUCAUGAUAGUCCUGCAACUUCUACCUACAAAUGGGUGAUCUCUGCUCAAAAUUUGAAGAUGAAACGCCUACGUGGAUAUGAAAUUAAGGCUAUACACUGGGAUACUUUCUAUAAGUUCUACAGGAACACCACAGAUAACAAGUGGGGUAGCGCAUAUCUAACCAGGGAUUUUUUUCACAACAUGGGUUCGAGGAUGGGCGAUGAUGUGCUACUUAUUGUGGCUGAAGAAAAAGAUGAGCUUGUUGCUGGAGCCCUUAAUCUCAUUGGAGGAGAUACUUUAUUUGGCCGCUUAUGGGGAUGUCUCCCACAAGCAUACUACCCAAGUUUGCAUUUUGAAGCAUGCUAUUACCAGGCAAUAGAGGCGGCAAUUGAACUCAAUCUGGACAAAGUAGAGGCAGGAGCUCAAGGUGAGCAUAAGAUUCAGCGGGGUUAUCUUCCGGUGACGACUUACAGCUGUCAUUAUAUAAUGGAUGAAGGUUUUAGGAAAGUCAUAGAGGACUUUUUGGUGCGAGAAACGGCUCAGGUAAUUAUAUUUAUCUUAUCAAAGUUUAGUAAACAUCCCUUUUCAGGGAAACUAUUACUUCAUCCUUAG